AUGAGGAGCGCGACAAGCCCGUCAUUGGGACGAUGCCGGCGGGAUUCCUCCUCGAGGGUCGUCGUCAGAGCCUCGGACCAUAAGCUGCUCCCUGAGAUCGGGCUCGAGUCUCCUGUUGGGUCCUUGUACGGCUUGUUCGGAUCAUGGCGCUUGACCGUCACAUACGCCGAGGCGGAAGUCGGGUCGAUCCGGAUAUUGUAG